ACGAAAGUAGAAGAAAUACUUGAUAAAAACCAUUCAAGUUUAAUUCCAAAAGUAUUAGAUAGUAGUUUGAAUAUUGGCGAUCUUGAUAAUCUAUUUAAUAAAAUUACAGGGCGAACUAAACAAAAGAGAAAGAAUAGAUCUAAAUUUAAUCAAGAAGAAAAAUCACAAAAAGCUUAUAGAUAUGAAGUUCAAAAAGUCAAGAAUUUGCUAGAUGAUUUAAUGUAUCAAAGAAUGGAGGAGCAAGAAUACAAAAAGGAAGAGUGUAAAAGAAAAGAGAUAGAAAGAAGGCAAAGAGAAGAGCAAAGGCAAAAGGAAUUUAAUUUACUAAUUUCUGCUUUACACUCUUCAAAUAAUAUAACAACUGAUUGA